GUCACCUCCUACAGAGUGUGAUGUGGAUGGGCUCCCCAGUGGUUACGGAUCCAGGGACUCCAUCCUCACACCUGGUGAAAAAAAAGACUGGAAAAGGCGAAGGCGUGGCCGCAAGAGCAGCCGCAGCAGCUGGGAUCCGGGCCACGACAGCACGGACGUCGUCAGAACAAAACAGCCGCCCACAUUUGAAGUGAGCGGAGGUGCGGCCAUGCGCUGCUCCACCCUACUCGCCAUCCUCACCGGGGUGCUUUUGUACCUGGUGCUGGGCGCCGUGGUGUUCCGGGCCUUGGAGGCGCAGCGAGAAGAAGGCAAGCACAUGCAGCUGCAGGGCACGUGUCGCGACUUUCUGAUGAACUUCACUUGCGUCAGCCCCGACAACCUGCAAGCUCUCAUAGAGGAGGUGGCAGAGGCCAUUGGCGCAGGUGUGGAUCCCAACAGUAACGCCACAUACGUCAGCCAGUGGGAUCUAGCCAGUGCCUUUUUUUUCUCCGGAACCAUCAUCACAACCAUCGGUUUUGGAAACAUCUCCCCCAAGACGGAAGGUGGUCAGUUGUUCUGUAUUUUCUACGCCUUGGUUGGAAUUCCACUGUUUGGUAUCCUGCUUGCUGGAGUUGGAGACCAUCUAGGUACCGGGUUGAGGAAAACGGUGGCCAAAAUAGAAACUCUGUUCCUGAAAUGGCGUGUUAGUCCCACCAUUGUGCGUGUGAUCUCAGCCGUCUUGUCCAUCCUGCUGGGGUGCCUGCUGUUUGUUGCAGUGCCCAUCCUGGUUUUCCAAAAGGUAGAAGGCUGGACCAUGCUGGAGUCUGCGUACUUUGUAGUCAUCACCCUGACCACAGUGGGGUUUGGUGACUAUGUUGCAGGGGAUUCAGGACUGGAGGGCAGUGACCACUGGUACAAGCCUUUGGUGUGGUUCUGGAUCUUGCUGGGUCUUGCCUACUUUGCAUCCAUCCUGUCAAUGAUUGGGAACUGGCUUCGAGUUUUAUCGAAGAAGACAAGAGCUGAGAUGGAGGAGCUGCGAGCCCACGCUACGGACUGGACUCAGAACAUCCAGAAUAUGGAUUUUCGGAUCUCGGGAAAAAUUGAUGAUCCCUUCAGACGGCGUCGGCGAAGACGGCGCCGUGGUGCUCGCAAGCACGGCCAUGGGGGCUCAGCUCCCGGAGCCCGUGAGGGGGAAGGGGAGCAAAACGAGAGUGAAACUGAUUCAGAAUCGUAUUCCUCUUACACCUCCUCCAGUGGAUCGGAGUCCGGAUCGGAGUCAGAAACCACCCAAACAGAGCAGGUGCCUGAAGAAAAGAAGGACCCCCACCUUUCGCAACCUCUGGACUAUUUUGGGGAGAACCUGGCCUUCAUCGACGAGUCCUCGGAUGCUCAGAGUGCUAAACUACACGUUGAUCCUCAACUGGAUCCAACCCAACCGAGUCCUAAACGCACCCAUUCACACAAGCGGAGGCGCCAUAGGAAGCCUGUCCCGCGAAGAAGCCCCAAAAGUGACAGAAUCAAACGGUCCGGGUCCGGCACCGGCAAACAGGAGCACAACGGAACACCACAUCCGGUUCCGAAUGUACUGCUGAAUCCUCAAGUUUGAGAGAAAAUCCACAGUGUUAGCACAGGAAAUGACUCAACAAAACUAAGCCCCCUCCGCUGGACAAAUAGCGGAUUAUCUGACAGGAAUGAUUAAUGUAGCAACGUAUUUGUGUGAAUGAAUUGUAUAUUUGCAGGCACAUGGAAUGGAAAUGUUGCACAAGUGUUGGCCUUUGCAGAUGAUGAUUUUAAUUUAGCACGUAUGCCUUAAUGUAGUGACGGUACUGUUCUGUGUUGCCUUCUAUGCUUCUCUUACUGUCUAAGGAAUUGCUGCUCUCUGCUGGACUGAGAGAGAAUCGUCACAUUUGAUUAUGUAUCUCUAAUUUAGGCCUGUUAAAAAUAACACGUGAUCGGAGGUAACCAAUUCAUUUCAUUAAUUAUUUGAAGGUUUUGAGCGUAAUUGAAGCAUGUGACAGCAGACGGGGGCACAGUAGCCUCCCCACAGAGUCACACAGAGUCUGGCACUCGUUUAUCACUUCAUUCUGACCUGAACACAUCAACAGCAGUGCAUUUCCAACAUCAUGCAGUGGUGUGAAAAAGUGUUUGCCCCCUUCCUGAUUUCUUUUUUUUGCAUGUUUUUCCACACUUAAAUGUUUCAGAUCAUCAAACUAAUUUAAAUGUCAAUGACAACACAAAAUACAGUUUUUAAAUGAAGCUUUUUAUUACUAACGGAGGAAAAAAAUCUAAACCUACAUGUGUGAAAAAGUGAUGCCCCCCCCCCACCCCGUUAAAACAUAACUUAAGUGAGAUUAAUUGAGAUCUAUCAGUGUGGAAAAGGUUAUAAAGCCAUUUCAAAAGCUUUGGGACUCCAGCCAACCACAGUGAGAGCCAUUAUCCACAAAUGGCGAAAACAUGGAACAGUGGAGAACCUUCCCAGAAGUCACCGGCCAACCAAAAUGACCCCAAGGGCGCAGCGACGGCUCAUCCAAGAGGUCACAAAAGACCCCACAACAACAUCCAAAGAACUGCAGGCCUCACUUGCCCCAGUUAAGGUCAGUGUUCAUGACUCCACCAUAAAAAAGACACUGGGCAAAAACGGCCUGCAUUGCAGAGUUCCAAGACCAAAACCACUGCUGAACAAAAAGAACAUUAAGGCUCGUCUCAAUUUUGCCAGAAAACAUCUUGAUGAUCCCCAAGACCUUUGGGAAAAUACUCUGUGGUCUGACGAGACAAAAGUUGAACGUUUUGGAAGGUGUGUGUCCCAUUACAUCUGGUGUAAAAGUAACGGCGCAUAUUAGAAAAAGAACAUCAUACCAACAGUAAAAUAUGGUGGUGGUAGUGUGAUGGUCUGGGGCUGUUUUGCUGCUUCAGGACCUGGAAGACUUGCUGUGAUAAAUGAACCAUGAAUUCUGCUGAAUGAGAAUGUCCGGCCAUCUGUUGGUGACCUCAAGCUGAAACCAACUUGGGUUCUGCAGCAGGACAAUGAUCCAAAACACACCAGCAAGUCCACCUCUGAAUGGCUGAAGACUUUGGAGUGGUCUAGUCAAAGUCCUGACCUGAAUCCUAUUGAGAUGCUGUUGCAUGACCUUAAAAAGGGCCUUCAUGCUGGAAAAGCCUCCAAUGUGGCUGAAUGACAACAAUUCUGCAAAGAUGAGUGGGCCAAAAUUCCCCCCCAGCGCUGUAAGAGACUCAUUGCAAGUUAUCACAAACGCUUGAUUGCAGUUUUUGCUGCUAAGGGGGACCCAACCAGUUAUUAGGUUUAGGGGGCAAUCACUUUUUCACACAGGGACAUGUAACUUUGGAUUUUUUUUCUCCGUUAAUAAUAAAAGUUUCAUUUAAAAAGUGCUUUUUGUGCUCAGAUGUGUCACGGACUAAAAUUUCAAUUUGUUUGAUCAUCUGAAACAUUUAAGUGUGACAAAAAUGCGAAAAAAAUGCAAACAAAUAUAUAAAAUGGUGUCCUGUCAUUUAUCUUUCUGUUCAUAAAACACAGUAAAAAAGGGCAUACUUCAGACAUUAAUUAUGAUUAAUUAAUUGGAAAACUGAUUAAUAUGAUUACAACUUUUAAUCAUUUAACAGCCCUAAUUUAAUUAUCAUUUAGUCAUCCCAGAUCAUGCAAAAAUAAAAAUAAAAAAAAAAACAGA